GUGUUGCUGUCUAGUUACUGAUAUAGUCAUUGAUAAAAUUGCACAAUAUUGUUCUAGUUUAGAAUUUCUUGGUAUACAGUCAACAAAUGUUAGUAAAGAUGCAUUGAGCAAACUUAAUCCAAAAAUUAAGAUAAAGUGGGAUUCAUAUUUAUGGUUAACUUAUGUGAAUUUCGAAGAUAUUAUACAAUACUGCAAAGAUAAGAUUAAAGAUGAAUAUUAUCAAAAGUUAAUUAUGGAAUUGGAACAGAAUAUGAGAGGUAUGGCUGAAAGAUUUGGUUUGAUGGUAAGAAUGUAUGAGCUAAAAGAGAAAAUUAAUUAUCAACUGAUAAACCUAGAAUUAGAUACUAAUUAUGCCAUUACUGAGUUUGUUUCACAUGAUAUAAAAUAUAGAGGUAAAGAAUUAUCUUCACACAUGAAAUUUCAAACCCCUCCAGAGUGA